CUUAGUUGGUCAUCUUUACACAUUUGAAUGUGAAAACCUUCUCAUCACGCUGCAUCGCUCACUGGGGUCAGUCUGAAGCCUGACGUGCCAAUCCAGCAGUCACAUCUUGGACUCUCGUCAGGCAGCAAAUCAGCACAGACAAGAUGCUCUUUGGGUUCUUUGUGUUGUCUUGUGGGUUUUUCAUGGACAUGGGAUUGUGCACUGCAGUGCCAACAGAGCUGAGAAUCACAACAAUAAAGCAAGAGCCAUAUACAGUUUCCAAGGGCUCUCAACUGGAAGGCUUUUGUAUGGACCUGCUGUCUGAAGUAGCCAAGAAACUGGGCCUCAAGUACAGAGUGCAGCUGGUGAAAGAUAGUUCGUAUGGCCGGCAGGAUGACAACGGCAACUGGAAUGGGAUGAUUGGAGAGGUGGUGAGAGGGGAAGCAGAUCUUGCAAUCGCUCCACUAACUCUCACUGCAGCUCGAGAGAAAGCUGUGGGCAUGACCAAACCAUUCAUGCAGACAGGAAUCAGCAUCCUACUGAGGAAGGACAUCUCAGAGGAAUCCGGCAUCUUCGAUUUCCUUUCACCCUUUACGGCUGAGACCUGGAUUGGCAUCCUCAUUGCCUAUCUGGGGACAGCUGCAAGCAUCUUUAUAGUCACCAGACUCAGUCCAUGUGAGUGGAGUCAGCCUCAGACUGAAGAGAACAGAUUCAGCCUCCUCCACAGUCUGUGGUACACAGCUGGAGCUCUGACUCUUCAAGGCGUUGGUCCUCACCCCAGAGCUUUGUCAGGGCGUGUUGUCUGCUGCAGCUGGUGGUUAUUCACUGUCGUCCUCCUGGCUUGUUAUUUCUCCAACCUCAGCUCCUCUAAGAGCCAGGAGUCCCCUCAGCUGAUGGUGAAGGGGUUUGAGGACUUGGCCAAUCAGGACACAACAGAGUAUGGCUGCCUGGCUGGAUCGUCCACCCUUGCCUUCUUUAAGAAUUCAAACAACCCAGUGUAUCGUCGAAUCUAUGAGCACAUGGAGAGAACAAAGAGCUUUGUGUCAUCAAUGGACGAAGGGGUCCGGCGAGCAAAAAAGGGCAACUUUGCUUUUAUCGGAGAGUCUGUCUCCCUGGACUUGGCAGUAGCACGGCAUUGCGAACUGGUCAGAGCUCAUGAAAUCAUCGGGAUGAGAGGAUACAGCAUUGCUACGUCUCUUGGUUCCCCCUUGAUAAAGAACCUCAGUGUAGCCAUCCUUCAAUUGAGUGAGGCUGGAGAGCUGGCUUACCUGCAAAGCAAGUGGUGGGCCAGCAGUUGCAUCGCAGACAAGGCCAAGUCUUCAGCCGUUCACCUGCACAGCCUCAAGGGGAUGUUCCUGGUUCUUUCUCUGGGCUUGGGGUUAGGAGCACUGCUGGCCAUCCAAGAGCUCACAUCCAAGAGUCGCAGGAGUGCAGGGGAGCAGAGGAAGUCCUGCUGCACUGUGCUGAAUGAAGAACUGCGUCUGCGCUUGAGGACAAUCAAUGCAAACACACCCCAGGAAAAUGUAGAGAAGGACAAAGAAAAAGCAUAGACAUUAUGUUGAUGUCAGAAAUUUGUUUUAAGGACAGCAACAAAACUUUGAUUCUGUCCUCUAACUUGUGUGAUUUAUUUUUCACAAUUAAUUCCAAUAUUUAACAGAAACCUGAUUUAUUUACAUUAAUCAUAACAUCAAUUUAACAUUGGGUUUUGAACUUCAUAACCUUUACAACAACAAAAAAAUCUCUUUAUUAAAAAAAAUUAAACUUUAUUAAAUAAUCAGUUUAUUGAAAUUAGUACAAAUGCUACAGUUUGAAUGAAAAAGCAAACAUAGUUUAAAUUCUAUGAAAACACUUGUUGAAAUGAUCUAUGUUUAUGCUUGAAAAAAUGACUAACAGUGAUCAUGUGUUUCUAAGUAACCUCUUUAUGACUCAGUUGGCAAUGGCAUCAAAUGAAAUCAACAAACUAUUUUGAAAAAUGAUUACAUGCAUAAAACCUGUCUGUAAACAUGAACAGCAUGAAUACAACAGUGUGGAUUGUAAACAUCACAGCAGGCCUAAAAUAAUAA